GUCAAAACAGCUUCGUGGUGGAGUUUCAACAGCCCGGGAACAACCUGCUUAAAUGUAGCGAGCCAUCAAGGACACUGAGGACGAACGUGAUAUUCAUCUGUGACCGGGACAAGCACAUUCCCAUUGGACCUGGGUCCCUGGUCACCAAGCUUCCGUACGACAGCAUUGACGAGCGAGAUGCGUGUGAGCGUAAUGUGACCGUGAAGUACGACGGGGCAUGUGGCUCCAGUUCACCGGUAACUUCAUCAGGAGGACUCAGUACUGGAUCCGUGCUCCUCAUACUGUUCUUCGUGGCGCUGCUGAUAUACUUCGUGGGAGGCGUCCUAGUCAACCGCAACAACGGCGCUCAAGGUGUGGAGAUGAUACCUCACCUGCAGUUCUGGAAGGAGCUGCCUUCGCUCAUAGUGGAGGGGUGCGUUUUCUUCGUCCAACUGGUCACCUGUCAAACUGGACGCACGGCGAGUUCCUACGACAACAUAUGAAAACGUGAUCUCUACCACUUCUUCCUGUCACAUCAUCAUCAACGAAAGCGUCUGCUAAUGUACUCCAUAUGAUAUUCACUCUGAGUGUAUUGAUACUUCGUGAAAAUUAUGGGUUGCUGCUUUGGCAAAACGUUUUGUGGGCCAAGUUGGUUAAUGAAGGCAAGAAGAAAAAAAUCGUAAAGACAUUCUGUUGGGUGAGUUGGUUAAUGAGUGCAAAAAUGGAAAAAAAAUCGUAACGCUAAAGGAACAAAGACAACAAAAGAAAAAGCACCCGUCCUGUUCUUCUGUAAUACUGUUCUUUCUGCAGGACUGUGUUUUUUACUGAUUGUUGAUCUCUGUCUCGCAUCCAGUAGAUCUGUUCUGAAUAGGGCUCACACAUACGCAACUUCAUCACCGUAUCCGGGUCAAGCGGAAAAAUUCUUACGCACUGGCGCUGUAAAGUCUCCCGCACAAACAGCAAUAACAGCUGCCAUCUAUGGCGUUGCUCAGAAGUUCUAACUCGAGGGUCUCACGAGCAGUAUUAAGUCACAAGUCACAACAGCCCAUGCUCUCAACUGGUUUAUCACUGCACUGCUGAGUUGAAAGGAGGAUGAGCCAUCUAAAACCGAAAAAGUGUCACAGGAAUGGGUUCUCGAUAAUGAUGCCGGCAUCGCGAUAACCCGUGAACGCUGAUACUUUCGUUGUUUCUCGUAGGGCAACGCAAAUCAUGAAUCUCCUGCGUGUCGGAGAGGUAUUGUGAUAGUUUAAUUGUCCGCCUCUGGAACAAGAAAAUGUACAGUGCGGGAGAUGACCGUUUGGUGCAGUUGAUUGCAACGCCACGGCGUCGAAACACAUGAAUGCAGCCUGCCGACGGUAAACAAAGAUAUGUUUUCUUUA